AUGGCGGAGAAGGAGGGUGGCCGGAAUGUGGCGUGCUGUUCUGGGAUCAAGGUGGCAGUGCUCACUGCGGGGACCCUACUGCUGCUGACGGGCAUCGGGGCAGCCUCCUGGUUCAUUGUGACCGUGUUGCUCAGGAGUGACCAGGAGCCGCUCUACCCAGUGCAGGUCAGCUCCGUGGACGGCCGGCUCGCGGUGCUGGACAAGACGGAAGGGACGUGGCGGCUGUUGUGCUCCUCGCGCUCCAAUGCCAGGGUGGCCGGGCUUAGCUGUGAGGAGAUGGGCUUCCUCAGGGCACUGACCCACUCCGAGCUGGAUGUGCGGACGGCAGGUGCCAAUGGCACAUCAGGCUUCUUCUGCGUGGAUGAGGGGCGGCUGCCCCAUGCCCGGAGGCUGCUGGACGUCUUAUCUGUGUGUGACUGUCCUCGGGCCAAGUUCUUGACUGCUGUUUGCCAAGACUGUGGCCGCAGGAAGCUGCCCGUGGACCGCAUCGUGGGAGGCCAGGACACCAGCUUGGGCAGGUGGCCGUGGCAAGUGAGCCUGCGCUAUGAUGGGGCGCACCUGUGCGGAGGGUCCCUGCUCUCAGGGGAUUGGGUGCUGACAGCUGCCCACUGCUUCCCUGAGAGGAACCGCGUCCUGUCUCGGUGGCGUGUGUUUGCCGGUGCCGUGGCCCAGGCCUCGCCCCAUGGGCUGCAGCUGGGGGUGCAGGCUGUGGUCUAUCACGGGGGUUACCUUCCCUUUCGAGACCCCAACAGUGAGGAGAACAGCAAUGACAUCGCGCUGGUUCAUCUUGCCAGCCCCCUGCCUCUCACAGAGUACAUCCAGCCCGUGUGCCUGCCCGCCGCUGGCCAGGCCCUGGUGGACGGCAAGCUGUGCACCGUGACCGGCUGGGGCAAUACACAGUACUAUGGUCAACAGGCUGGAGUACUCCAGGAGGCCCGCGUCCCCAUCAUUAGCAAUGAUGUGUGCAACAGCCCCGACUUCUAUGGGAACCAGAUCAAACCCAAGAUGUUCUGCGCCGGCUACCCCGAGGGUGGCAUUGAUGCCUGCCAGGGCGACAGUGGCGGCCCCUUUGUGUGCGAAGACAACAUCUCUCGGACGCCACGCUGGCGCCUGUGUGGCAUCGUGAGCUGGGGCACUGGCUGUGCCCUGGCCCAGAAGCCAGGCGUCUACACCAAAGUCAGUGACUUCCGGGAGUGGAUCUUCCAGGCCAUACGGACUCACUCCGAAACCAGCGGUAUGGUGACCCAAAUGUGACCCGUGGUGUCUCCUCGCUGUGCAUGCCUCCCCGGGCCUAACUGACAUAGGUGUCAGUGGGACCCAGGCCGGGCCGGGCCGCAGGUGCAAGGAUCUUCCUCUAGCCCU